UCGUCUCUGGUGUCUGUGUGCUCCUACUGACAGAAUCUGUGCCAGUAGAGAGUAUCCACAGCGUCGUGUGUCCUUCCAAGCGCUACAUAAUGGUACAGCUAGUGGGGUCCCUUCGUAAAGAGCUCGCCGACUCCGUGUCCUCCUGCCGGGUGCUGGUGGUCGGCGCCGGCGGGAUUGGAUGCGAGCUCCUCAAAAACCUGGUUCUCACCGGCUUCAAAAAUAUAGAAGUGAUUGACCUGGACACCAUUGACGUCAGCAACUUGAACCGACAGUUUCUCUUCCAAAAAAAACAUGUGGGGAAGUCUAAAGCUCAGGUUGCCAAAGAGAGUGUGCUGCAGUUCUGCCCUGAGGCCAACAUCACAGCUUACCAUGACAGCAUUAUGAACCCAGAUUACAACGUGGAGUUUUUCAAGAAUUUCAUGCUUGUCAUGAAUGCCUUGGACAACCGAGCGGCUCGUAACCAUGUCAACAGGAUGUGCCUGGCAGCAAACAUUCCUCUGAUAGAGAGUGGUACAGCGGGGUAUUUGGGCCAAGUUACGGUCAUAAAGAAGGGUCUGACUGAAUGCUAUGAAUGCCAACCAAAACCCACUCAGAAGACCUUCCCUGGUUGCACCAUUCGCAACACUCCUUCUGAGCCUAUCCACUGCAUCGUGUGGGCAAAGUACCUCUACAAUCAGCUUUUUGGUGAGGAGGAUGCAGACCAAGAGGUUUCUCCCGACACAGCCGACCCGGAGGCUUCCUGGGACCCUGCACAGACUGCAGCACGAGCAGGAGCAUCCAACCAGGAUGGAGACAUCAAGCGUGUGUCCACUAAGGACUGGGCUCGGUCCACAGGCUAUGAUCCAGUCAAGAUUUUCAAUAAGCUUUUCAAAGAUGACAUCAUGUACCUACUGACAAUGGACAAGCUGUGGAAGAAGAGGAAAGCUCCACAGCCACUGGACUGGGCAGUGGUGCAAGAGAUGGCAUACAUCCAGGAGGAGGUGUCCGGGCAGGGCUUGCGAGACCAGCAGGUGCUCGGUGUGAAAGGUUAUGCCCAGCUCUUCUGCAACAGUGUGGAGACUCUGCGUUCCCAGUUGGCUGAGAAGGGGGAAGGGGCCCAGUUAGUGUGGGACAAGGACGAUCCCCCUGCUAUGGAUUUUGUGACUGCAGCAGCAAACCUGCGCAUGCAUGUCUUCAGCAUGAACAUGAAGAGCCGCUUCGAUGUCAAAUCCAUGGCAGGAAAUAUCAUCCCAGCCAUCGCCACCACCAAUGCUGUCAUUGCUGGCCUCAUUGUUUUGGAAGCACUCAAGAUCUUGUCUGGAGACUUGGAGCAGUGUCGUACGGUCUUUCUCAACAAGCAACCCAAUCCAAGGAAGAAACUGUUGGUGCCGUGUGCUCUGGAUCCACCCAACACCAACUGCUACGUGUGCGCCAGCAAACCUGAGGUCACAGUCAAGCUGAAUGUGCACAAGACACUGGUACAGAGCCUGCAAGACAAGAUACUAAAAGAGAAAUUUGGAAUGGUCGCACCAGAUGUUCAAAUUGAGGAUGGGAAAGGUACCAUCCUUAUAUCCUCUGAGGAGGGUGAAACUGAUGCCAACAACAGUAAGUGCCUGUCUGAGUUUGGGAUCCGAAAUGGUAGCCGCCUCCAAGUGGAUGACUUCUUGCAGGACUACACACUCCUGGUCAACUUGCUUCACUGUGAGGACCUGGAGAAGGAUGUUGAGUUUGAGGUAGUGGGUGACGCUCCUGACAAAGCCCCGCCUGCACCAAAUGUCCCUGAAGAGGACAAGAAUAUUGCCAAUGGGAACCAGGAUUCUGCUCUACCCUCUACUUCUUCCAAGGUCCCCAUCGAGAAGGAUGAUGUUCUAAUUGUGGAUUCAGACGAGGAGCCAUCUUCCAGCACCAUGGAAGCUGCGGUGGAGAUGGGCGGGGUCAAGAGGAAGCUAGAGGAUGUCGAAACGGGUGGGGCUGGGUCCAAACGCAAGCGGCUGUUUGAGCUGCCCAUCAAUGAUGAUGACAUCAUCGCGCUGGACUAAUGAAGCUCGGUCUUCCAUCUUGAGGGCUGUGUUUGUGGUUGUAUUUUUGUACUCUGUUUCUCUUACCGAAUGUCUGUAAAUAUAUAUGUAUAAAAACUGUUACGUUUUGAGGCUUAUUUUUGUUGGGGGAAUGCCAUGAAGGCUGGUGAUACAGAAGGGAAAAGAGGGUCGGAAUACCCUUUAACACGAUUUUUCAGGAGAUGCUAUAAAAACCUACAAGACAGACUUAAUAGUAUGAACCUCAUUAAUAAGCUUCAGAUGAAUCCUCAUAGAGAGGGGGCAGUAUUUUAAAACACAUACAAACGUAAAAUGUGGAAUAGCAAAAAAUAUUUUAAAUACUUUUUGCCCUUGUCUUUGAAAAAGGUUAUAAAACUACUUGAUGGAUUAAUAUGACUAGAAGAUACAGUAUGGUGGACAGUAUUGAACGUUUUUUUCUUUUUGUGUGUACUGCCUGGUAUCAAUUUGACAGAACAUGUUGUGGGUAUUUGUAGUUGGCAUUAUUUAUACUUUUUAUAGUUUUUGUUUAGGCUCAUCCAUACUGUAC